AAACUUGUUGAGAUUUCCAAAAUUUUCACUCCACCCCUCAACUCCUCUCCAAUGGCGGGUCUGUACACCUCCCUCAGACCCCAACCACCUUCUUCUUCUUCAUCUUCCCAACAAUCCUUCUUCUCGAAAGUUCUUCUCCUCCUUACGAUCCUUCCUCUAUCCUUAGCUGUCUUUGCCUUUGUUCUUCAAUGGCGUGGUGGCGGAGUUGACGAUCCAAUCUCCCGAUGGUCUCCUGAAGAGUCUAACAAAUUUCCCGGCAUGGACAGCUCUCCUCUGUCCACUGUCGCUCACUCUUCUUCUCACUCAUCAGAUUGCUCUCUCCUCGCUCAUAGUAAUACGCCGUCGUUUCCUUACUACAAAGACUGGAAAUUCAAACUUCAUUCAGAUCUCAAACCCAAGAUAUGUAUUACAACCAGUACAUCUGCUGGCCUAGAGCAGAUCUUACCGUGGAUGUUCUAUCAUAAAGUAAUUGGGGUAACAUCAUUUUUGCUUUUCGUGGAAGGAAAGGCUGCAUCUCCUGAUGUUUCUAAAGUCCUUGAAUCCAUUCCCGGAGUAAAAGUAAUAUACAGAACUAGAGAGCUAGAGGAGCAACAAGCCAAAAGCCGGAUUUGGAAUGAAACAUGGCUGUCAAGUUUCUUCUAUAAACCUUGCAAUUAUGAGCUCUUUGUGAAGCAAUCUCUUAAUAUGGAGAUGGCCAUAGUGAUGGCAAGGGAUGCGGGUAUGGAUUGGAUAAUUCAUCUAGACACAGAUGAGUUAUUACACCCAGCAGGUGCUCGAGAGUAUUCUUUGAGGCAGUUGCUGCUUGAUGUCCCUUCAAAUGUUGACAUGGUUAUCUUUCCUAACUAUGAGAGCAGUGUUGAACGAGAUGACAUCAAGGACCCUUUUACGGAGGUGUCAAUGUUCAAGAAGAAUUAUGACCAUCUAACAAAGGAUACAUAUUUUGGCAUGUAUAAAGAAGCAACCCGUGGCAAUCCAAAUUACUUCUUGACGUAUGGCAAUGGUAAAGCAGCUGCUCGAAUUCAGGACCAUCUUCGUCCCAAUGGGGCUCAUAGAUGGCACAAUUACAUGAAAACUCCAAAGGAGAUCAAAUUGGAGGAGGCUGCAGUUCUGCAUUACACAUAUUCCAAGUUUUCUGACUUGACUUCAAGACGAGAUAGAUGUGGUUGUAAGCCCACAAAGGAGGAUGUUAAGAGAUGCUUCAUGUUAGAAUUCGAUAGAUCUGCAUUUAUUAUUGCUUCAACUGCCACAGAAGAUGAGAUGUUAAACUGGUAUCGUGAACAUGUGGUAUGGACUGACAAAGCGGUGAACCUGAAACUAUUGAGGAAAGGCAUUUUAACUCGUAUUUAUGCUCCCAUG